AUGCGUGGCGAGCUUAAUGGAUUGAAAGCACUCAUUCUAAAUGGAAACAAGCAUGCACAUUAUAUUCAUUGUUUUGCUCACCAACUCCAGUUAGUUGUUGUAUUUGCUGCAGAGGAAAAUCAUGGUGUGAGUCAAUUCUUUGAUUACGUUUCUAUGAUUGUGAAUAUGGUUGGAAGUUCAUGUAAAAGGCAUGAUGCUCUUCGACAAGCACACCAUGAUAAAGUUGUGCAAAAACUACAAAGUGGUGAGAUUUCAAAAGGGCAGGGUCAAAAUCAAGAAAUAAGCUUAGCUCGACCAGGUGCUACUCGUUGGGGUUCUCACUAUAAAACAUUACUCCGGCUAUUUGAUAUGUGGGAUUCAUUGGAAGAGGUGCUUUUUGCAAUACAACAAGAUGGUGAGAUAAGGAAAAAUCGAGGCACUGCUAGGGGUUUGUUGGAUAAAAUGGGUUCUUUUGAGUUUGUAUUUCUGGGAAAGUUAAUGUUGUAUAUUUUAGGAGUGACGGAUCCUUUAUCAAAGAUUCUACAAGCCAAAGAUCAAAACAUAGCCACUGCUGUUCGUAUAUUUGAAGCAUUGAAAUGCAAGUUACAUGCAUAUAGAGAAAAUGGUUGGGAAAAUUUGUUGAAGGAAACCACUGAAUUCUGUCUAAAGCAUAAAAUUAAAGUACCAAGCAUGGACGAAAUUAUCGAAAGCCGUUGUAUUACACUUGUUGAUGGAGAACCAAUGACUUAUAUUCAUCAUUUCCUUGUGGAAAUCUUUGCAACGGUAAUUGAUGAGGUUGCUGAAGAAUUGAACAAUCGUUUCAAUGAGGCAAACACUAAUUUGCUUAAGGGUGUAUUGAGUCUUGAUCCUUCCAACAACUUUGCUCGUUUUGAUCAUCAUGAAAUACUCCAUCUUGCUAGAUUAUACUCGAAGAUUUCUCUCUUCGAGCUUCUCGAGCUUCACUACCAACUUGAACUCUACAUUGAUCUUUGUAAGAGGGGAUCCAGAUUUCUAUAA